UCGGCACCCCAGUUACAUCCUCGCUUUCGGUACUAUGCUGCGACUACUGGCGUCCCGCAGGGCGUUAGCUGUAACGGCAGCUGCAGCUGUUGCAACCAUUCCCGAGGACAAGCUCCCGAUAUAUCCCAAGCCCGACCCUCAAGUGGUCCUCGUCCACGAAUCCUCUGAGCUCGAGAAACAGAUUGGCACAGCGCGACGGGCUGUAACGCAGGCGUACGCCAACACCCACGCACGCGCACAAGACCUCGUCUCAAAAUGGAUCGGUGUUGAACACGCGGUCGAAUCUCGCGUCAAGUCCAUCCUCGACCCCACCGAGCCCCUCACGCCAGGCAUCCUCUACGUCGGCGUCGCGACGCUGACCGGGUCCAUUGUCGCCCGCAACCGCUUCUUCCUAACCCGCCUCGUCCUCCCGCCCGCACUUCUCGUCCUCUCCGCACACCACUUCCUGCCCAAAACGAGCGCGAAUCUCGCCGACUACCUCGGCUCGCUCGAAGACGCGCACCUCCCGCGCCUCGCUCAGGCGCACGAAACCGCCAAGGCGCAUUCGGCGAUGACGUGGGAGCGGAUAAAGGACGCGACGGCGGAGGGCCGCGCGGCGGCGGGCGAGAAGGUUGUCGGCGCCGCAGCGUGGGUCGAGGGUGCGACGGGGUUGAAGCUGCGGGACGCGAUGGGCUGGUCCGAGGCGCGGGCUAAGACAGCAAACGCGAAGACGCCCGAGAUGGUGGAGGCGGCGAAGGAGAAGGUGGCCCAUGUUGUGGAGAUUGCGAAGGGGAAAGCGGCGGAAGCGGUGGAGGUAGCAAAGAGCACAGCGAUCGAGAGCAAGGCGGCUGUUAAGGAGACCACAGACGACGCGGAGAAGGCUGCGAGCAAGAAGGUGGAGGAGGUCAAGAGGCUGGUCUGAAUGACCCAUUCCGGCUCUCAUUCGUGCCGCAGAGAUACAUUGAGAGUAUGCGACGACGCUAUAGACUAAUUUUCAAGCUGUACCAGACCUGCGUGCACCGACGAGUGAUUCUAGCCAUGGUAAGGUAAACUGCCCUAACAUCUCACAAACCCGGUGGACCGGCGAUCCCGUUGCCGCGUCUAUCCCAAUCGACGGGGAGCAAAGCAUAUUAAGUAUGGAGAAUAAGAUAUGAUCUUUGUCUGGAUGCGCCGCCGUUCGCGACAUGCUCCCCGGCGCAACUUCCGUUCGUGUCUCGGGGUGGGUCUUGAUUCCGGAAGUGAUACCCUCCCUGUUAAGGUCGCGUGCAAUAUUGAAGCUUGAGGACCAGUCGUCGACGGUAACGGGGACCCUCCGCCCUCAUUUCUUCCCAAUCGCGUUCCCCUGCGCACCCAACACCUCGCCCAUCCAUUCCGUCCCUUGCUCGCCCUCCCCGAACCUCCUGUUGAACCUGCCCAUGCGGCCCGUCAUCUGUCCCUCGUUCUCGAGCUCGCUCGUCUUGCUCAAAUCGCCAAGGUUCCACAUCGGGUUGUUUGUCACGUCGCGUGUCAGCCGCAGCAGGCUCCGAGGCGAGGUCGUCCAGUGCACGAACGUCGAACCGUCCGCGCGGAUGACUUUCUGCGGGAACUGCGGCACGACGGGGUUCGGAAGCUUGUUUGCGCGUCGCCGCCAGACGUGCGUGCGGCCGUAGGGAGACGAAGAGAUGCUUCGUGUAUGUGUGGACGCCACGACGGGCGUGCAGAGUGUUUUUGAGUGGGACAAGGGCGCCGCCAGACGAGAAAGAGUGCAGAGAGCGGCCAUUGAUGGUCGUUACGAGACGGCUCAGAGUGAGUUGUGAGGACCCUACAGACAAGGGCUUGAGCUCAGACUCAAAGUGA